GAAGUGUGGGAGAGAAAUGCCAGAGACGCCACAAAGAAAUUAUCGAACUAUAGACAUGGCAGACGAGAGAGUAGCCGCCUCGUGGAGACGGUUCUUUGUUGUUGAGUCGGGAAAAACAAACGGGGCUCAUUUAGACUUGGUUAGAAUGAUUAAAGGCAUUGGCCACAGUCAGGUGUCUCGUCCUGAGGAUUGUGACUAUCUCCUGAUAAUCUGUCCGGCUGUUUCACGAGUUGGAACGAACAUCAGCGAAGCCUUGGAAAGCUUGCCUGCUGGAAAACCAGCGAUUCUGGUGGUGAUGCAUCACACAUUCAAUAAAAAUGCCAUUGUGGCUGAAAGCAGGAGACAGGUGACCGACCAGAACAUCUAUCUCACUGUAGACGUUUUCUUCUAUGAGAAAAACCUCCUGAACUGUAACCGCAAUGACAUCGCAUGGUGUGAGAUCCAGAAGUUUCUGGUCGGUUCUCAAGUCCAGUUCCCCGGGAGGAACUUGUUGAACAGAAUCAGAAGCAUGGGUGGCGGCUGUGGCUCAGGAGGUAGAGCGGUCGUCCUCCAAUUGGGAGCUUGGUGGUUGAAUUUCCGGCAACUCUUCUCCACUUGUGUCCAUGGGCAAGACACUUAA